UACCUCUCUUAUAAACUCUUACGUUUUGAUAUCAUCUCAUCGAAAUCAGAAGGUAUAAUAAUGGGAACUCAUCGAAUUAUCAUUGGUCUCGUCGCCCUUUGUUGUUUUUGCCUACCUCAUCUCUAUGAAGCUAAACCAUUCGGAGUGUACCAUCGACAAGUGUUCGUGGAUCAAUCGGGCCAUGGAAAUUUCACGACCAUACAAAAAGCUAUUGAUUCUGUCCCAAAAGACAAUAGUCAGUGGUUCUUCAUCAACGUUAACGCCGGCCUUUACAGAGAGAAAAUAAAGAUACCGUGUGAUAAACAGUUCAUAGUAAUUAUCGGAGCUGGGAAAAGGAUAACGAGGGUUGAAUGGGACGACCAUGACUCGAUUGAACAAAGCCCUACCUUUGCUACCUACGCCAAUAACACCGUCGUUAAAAGCAUCACUUUCACCAAUUCCUACAACUUCCCAAGCAAAGGGAAAAUUAACAAGAACCCUAGAAAGGCGGCCGUGGCAGGGUUUAUCGGCGGCGAUAAGUCGGCUUUUUACUCGGUAGGGUUUGCUGGAAUUCAAGACACCUUGUGGGACUCGGGUGGCCGACACUACUUCCACCGGUGCACCAUCCAAGGCGCGGUUGAUUUCAUCUUUGGUAGCGGCCAAUCUAUCUACCAGAGCUGUGUGAUACAAGUGCUAGCUGGGCAGGUACUACAGGGAGCGGGUUACAUAACGUCUCAAGGACGGAACAAUUCUGAGGACACGAAUGGAUUCGUAUUCAUCAACUGUCUCGUUUUUGGAACCGGCACGGCCUUCUUGGGCAGACCCUGGCGGAGUUACUCUCGAGUGAUAUUUUACAACUCCAACCUGACGGAUGUGGUUGUUCCUGAAGGAUGGAACUCAUCGAACUACUGGGAGCACGAAAACCAGCUAACCUUUGCAGAAUAUGGAUGCUUCGGAAGUGGAUCAAAUACAGAAAGACGUGUGAAGUGGGUUAAGAAGCUGAGUGGAUCAACCGUCCAAAGUUUCGCUGAUCUGAGCUUCAUUAAUCUUGGUGAAUGGAUUCAAGAUUUACCCAUCUAUGCUUGAUCUCUCCUUUGCUUCCUAGUUUUUUUUUUUAAGAUUUCUUAUUGAUCGAUCAUCCCCUUUUAUAUGGUUACAUUAGCAAAAAAAUGUAUAAUUGCUUUACCAAACCAAUUUCUAGACUCCAAUACAAAACCAUAUU